AUGACUCAUAUGUUUGAAUCAUUGCCAAAUGAAAUUUGGCUUAUUAUAUUUAGUUAUCUAUCUUCACGGCAUAUUUGGCGAGGUUUUUUUGGAAUCAAUAAACGUUUGAAUCAAUUAUUAACUUGUGAUGUAAAUCGUCAUACCAUCGACUUGAAAGGUAUAUCUUAUUCUGAAAUAGUUGAACUACUUGAAGAUCGUGACAAUAAUUCACAUGGUCGCCGAUGGCAAGCAGAAUUUGUUUCUCAUGCUCAUGCGAUUUGUCUUGAAAAUGAAUUUGAUUAUGAGAUACUAAUUGAUCGAUGGAUAGCUACAAAGACAAAUUGGCAAUUAUCAUCUCUACAAAGUAUUUAUAUUUUACCAAACGCUAUAAAAAGCAUGUAUUCAUUAGUUUCUCAACUUAAAUUUACAAUAUUUCUCGAAUCACAACUUCAUUAUCUUCAUCUUGUUUUUGAAGAUCCAUGUUACACUUAUCAUUCUAUUUUGUCAGAAAUGGUUAAAAAACGUAUUUCAUAUCCAACCAUGAUACUUGAAGUAACAAAAGGACAUCAAUAUCAACAUUGGGAACAUAGAGAAGACUUGUACAAUAUAGAAUAUCCAUUGUAUUGGAUACAUCCUGUACGCUUGACUCUUAGUUUACAACAUUCAUCUGAACUUAUUCUUCUCUUAAUGCCUGAAGCUUUACCAUUACUCGAGCAUUUAAAUGUAACUAUUGAACAGCCACGAAAGGAUUUAAUAACUAAAAAUGGUCAAUCAACAGAACAUUUUGAAUUGUGCGAAAAAGACCUCCGUUGUAAAAAUGCUACUGGUGAAAGACUUAAAUCGUUUGUCAUACGUUACAUAGAACUCGAUGAUCUUUUAAUUUUAUUCAAUACACUGACUUUUCCUCUUCUUCAUACACUCAUAUUGGUUGAUAUAUAUGAUAAAUCUUUAGAUAAUUUGCUAGCUUUUCAACAAUCGUUUAGUCCUUCAAAUUUACCUUCUCUUAAGCACAAUCAAUUUCAAUUUUUACUUCGGUUUCCUGCUAAAUACAAACAUGAAUGGAUUCGUAGAUAUCAUAAUAAUGGAUGGCCAUUUGAUAAUGUUAGUUUUCAUGUAGAUGAACAUAUUGUGGAAUUACUUGCUUAUUCCUCUCCCAUAUGCGCACUAUACACAAUUAUGAACUUUUUACUCGUUAUUCAACGAUAA